AUGUACGUACACGCAUGCAAAUUAUACACGAGAGCAGUUUUUUUUAUUCUAUUAAAUAUCUACUCAACGGUUAAUGGUCAUGGUCGACUUAUGGAACCUCCAUCUCGUAAUGCCAUGUGGCGUUUUGGUUUCCCAAAUCCCGUUAACUACAACGAUAACGAGCUAUUCUGCGGCGGUUAUGCCGUUCAAUGGGAUCAAAAUCAAGGAAAAUGUGGCGUUUGCGGCGAUGCUUAUCACGCUUUUCGAUCACAUGAAGCUGGCGGCGAAUACGCAAGAGGCAUCAUUCCACGUAGUUACACUGCCGGACAAGAAAUCGAAGUUGAAAUUGAAUUAACGGCAAACCAUUAUGGAUAUUUCGAGAUGAAACUUUGUCCAAAUAACAAUCCCCGUUACGAAGCGACGCAAGAAUGUUUCGACGCCUUUACCUUGCCCCUUUCCGGCACAAAUGAGGAGCGUUAUUACAUUCCGCACGACGAGGAACGCAAGAAAAAAGGCACAUUCAAGUACAAGGUCAAGUUGCCGGAUCGCGUUACGUGCACGCAAUGUGUCAUGCAAUGGACUUAUUACACGGGCAACAUGUGGGGCAAAUGCAAAAAUGGCACCGAAGCAGUUGGUUGCGGAAAUCCCGAAACUUUUAGGAAUUGUGCUGAUGUUGCAAUUAUUUCGAAUACGGGAGCAAUUCCUCCGUUGUUCGUCAAUAAUGACAAUCCCUUCUUGCUGUACUACAGAGAUGUUCGUAAGCCAGCGCCAUAUAACGUCUAUCCAUUAAUCGUCAAGGAUCAAGUUUGUUUGCCAACUACGCAAUAUGCCCGGUUUGCAGGUAUGAAGCAAUGGUGUGCUGAUAAUUGUCUUCGGUAUCCUCCAAAUUGUCCCGAAAGUGUUUGCUACUGCCCUACUCAAUGCGACGCCAUCGGAGACAUUGCCGGACAAGAAGGUGCUGACGUUUACUGCCAAUAUCACUGCAUCAAAUUCAAGUCAAACUGCCCCGCAGACAGAUGUAGAUGUUACUAA